CCGCAUUCCAUAUGAUGUGAAUGCUUCAUAUAGCAUUAUAUUCUUACAUAUUAUAUGCUAGCUUCUCAUUAUACUCUACUCAGCCAGUUAGAAAAUAGUUUCGAGUGAUCAAGUGAAAAAUAUCGUAAACAUGAAAUUCCGCGAUGGCAUGUGGGCAGUAGCAGAAGGUGUGCGCGUGGAGUACGCCGAGGAGGUAUAUGAUAUUACAGAGACAGACAAGGGCCUAAGCCUGCUAUGUCCUUCGAAGAAAAUCAGGGGUCGCGGAGAUACUCUUAAUUGCAGUACACUGACGAUUGAUCUCGAAGCACCUCACGAUGGCAUCAUCUCCGUCGAAACCACACACUGGGCGGGCGCCGCCAGAAAAGGUCCGAAUUUCCAACUCUUCCCACAAGGAGGACAGAAAUUCGAGCCAAAAAUCUCCAAAAGCGACAAAGGCACAACCCUCAGCUCAGGCUCACUCUCAGCGACGAUCAACCCAGCCGAUAACACCUUCGGCAUCAAAUUUCACAGCACGGAAGGCUCCAAAGUUCUAACCUCCCUCGCCGCGCGUAGCGUAGGUCUAGCGUACAACCCAGCCUGGAGCAACAUGCUGCAGACGGGGGACAUGACGAACUUCAAGCACUACGUCUUCACACAAACGAACCUCGGAGUCGGGGAGACCAUCCACGGCCUCGGCGAGCGCUUCGGUGCUUUUAAUAAAGUAGGGCAAGCGAUAUCGCUGUGGAAUGCGGACGGAGGAACCUCGAGCGAGCAGGCAUACAAGAACGUCUCGUUCUGGCUUAGCAACAGGGGCUACGGCGUAUUCAUCGACACGCCGGGGAAGGUCGAGCUAGAGAUCGGGAGUGAACGGUGCUGCCGCGCGCAGACGAGCAUCGAGGGCCAGAGGUUGAAGUGGUACAUUAUAUACGGCCCUUCGCCUAAGGAGGUGCUGCACCGGUACUCCAUCCUAACGGGGCGGCCGGCUAAGGUGCCGAGUUGGAGUUAUGGGCUUUGGCUCACGACGAGCUUCACGACGAACUACGACGAGGCGACUGUGAACUCUUUCCUUGAGGGGAUGAAGGAGCGGGAUAUUCAAGUGGACGUCUUCCACUACGAUUGUUUCUGGAUGAAAGGCUUCAGAUGGACAGACUUCAUCUUCGACCCCGAAAAGUUCCCCGACCCAAAAGCGCAGAUCGCGCGUCUCAAGUCCUCAGGACUAGUAAGCAAAGUCUGCGUGUGGAUAAACCCGUACAUAGCCCAGCACGGCGCGGCCUUCGCGCACGCCGCCGAGAAGGGGUAUCUCGUGAAGCGGAAGAACGGGGAUAUCUGGCAAUGGGACCUCUGGCAAGCCGGGAUGGGGCUGGUCGACUUCACAAACCCGGAGGCCGUGAAAUGGUAUGUCGAGUGUCUGAACGAGUUAUUCGACAAGGGGGUUGAUUGUAUCAAGACCGAUUUCGGGGAGAGGAUUCCGACGUUGGAUGUGGAAUGGUUUGAUAAGGAGGUUGAUCCUCAUAAGAUGCAUAAUUACUAUGCAUACCUCUACAACAAAAUCGUCUACAACGCCCUCCAAGCCCGUUACGGCGAAACCGAAGCCGUCCUCUUCGCUCGCGCCGCGUGCGCCGGCACCCAGCAGUUCCCGCUCGUCUGGGGCGGAGACUGCGAGUCCACCCCUGAAGCUAUGGCCGAAUCCAUCCGUGGCGGCCUAGGCCUCGGUCUCUCCGGCUUCACCUUCUGGUCGAACGACAUCGGGGGCUUCGAAGGGUCUCCCGCGCCGUGGAUCUACAAGCGGUGGGUCGCCUUCGGGCUUCUCUGCUCGCACAGCCGUCUGCACGGCAGCGGAUCCUACCGGGUGCCCUGGCUAAUCGACAACGACGACCGAAGUCCCGAGGGGUGUUCCGCCGUGCUAGCGAAAUGGACGGCGUUGAAGACGCGGCUGAUGCCGUAUCUGAUGGCGCAGGGGGUCAAGGCCGUGGAGGCCGGGUUGCCGCUUUCGGUGCGGGCUAUGUGUGUUGAGUUCCCCGAGGACCCGACGUGUUGGUAUUUGGAUCGGCAGUUUAUGAUUGGGGAGAGUUUGCUCGCGGCGCCGGUUUUCGAGGAGGCUGGGGAGGUGGAGUUUUAUCUGCCGAAGGGGAAGUGGACGUGUUUCUUUACGGAGCAGACGCGGGAGGGACCCGGGUGGUUUAGGGAAACGCAUGGGUUUGGUAGUAUGCCGUUGUAUGUGCGGGAGCAUACGAUGUUGGUGCUUGGGAAAGAGGGGAUCCGGGGUGCUGUUUAUAACUACAAGAAGGAUGUUGAGGUUUUGGUGUUUAAAUCUAAGGAUAAUAAGACGGCGAGCGCAGAUAUCGUGGGUAGUGAUGGAAGUUUUGUCGGGACGUUGAAGGAAUCUGAUUUUGAAGUCGGUGCUGGGCAGCUCCUAGAGGGCAAUUCGACUAUUAGGCGGAUUUAAAGCAUCUCAACCUCAUAUCACACUUGAAAGAAUCGUAUGUGGUUCAAAAUAUACAGAUUUGGCCGACUCUCCUGGUCCUUAAUGACUUUUUAUACAUCGCUAUCUUGAUUUCGUCAAGCAUGACGCUGCGUUAAAUACAAAACAUAUCUGCAAUGCUAAACAGCAAUUCAAAAAAA